CCCACAUAUAAUUAAAAAACCUUGCAAAAAUAGUAGGGAUAAAGAGGGGCAAUCUUAUAUAUAAACAUCCAUUGGCUAGAAUCGCCAUUAUCGAAAAGGUUACAUUCGAAUACAGAUACAAAAUGGCGCGAACGAAACAAACCGCGAGGAAAUCGACCGGAGGCAAGGCCCCCCGUAAACUACUAGCGACAAAAGCAGCUAGAAAAAGCGCUCCCGCUACUGGCGGCGUGAAAAAACCGCACAGAUACCGGCCGGGCACUGUGGCGUUGCGAGAAAUAAGAAAAUAUCAAAAGAGCACAGAAUUAUUAAUGAGAAAGUUGCCCUUUCAAAGAAUAGUGAGGGAAAUAUCUCAAGAUUUCAAAGAGGAUCUCCGCUUUCAGAGUUCAGCGGUGUUGGCGCUGCAAGAGGCAUGUGAAUCCUACUUAGUUGGCCUGUUUGAAGAUACUAAUCUAUGCGCAAUCCACGCAAAGAGAGUAACAAUAAUGCCCAAAGAUAUGCAGUUGGCGCGAAGACUGCGAGGGGAGAGAGGAUAGUCUUUGGUCGCGUGUUUUUAUCGUUACGUUUUGUAAUUUUACUAUGGUUAGGUCACAUUAAAUUAGAUUAUAUUUUUGACAAAAGUUCUUUUAAGGACUGCA